AUGACGUCCCCUCAACCGGUCAGUACGCCCGCUGAGACCGAUGAGGUGGCUGUCACUACUGCAGCCCCUGUGACUGGCGAAGUGACCAUCAGCACGGCAGCUGGGGAGGCUCCCGGUAGAGACAAGGAUGACUCUGAUGCUACCACCCCGGUCGCUACGGAGGCUGCAACUGUCACGACUACGAUCGGUGCUCCUGUUGAGCCUACUACUAUCACGUCCCCUUUCCCGGUCAGCACAGCUGCUGUGACGGAUGGGGUUGCUGUCACUACUGCAGCUCCUGUGACUGGCGAUGUGAUCAUCAGCACGGCAGCUGGGGAAGCUCCCGGUAGAGACAAGAAUGACUCUGUUGCUACCACCAAGGUCGCUACGGAGGUUGCGACUGUCACGACUACGAUCGGUGCUCCUGUUGAGCCUACUACUACUAUAACGUCCCCUUUCCCGGUCAGCACAGCUGCUGAGACCUAUGAGAUUGUUGAUACUACUGCAGCUCCUGUGACUGGCGAGGUCACCAUCACCACGGCAGCUGGGGAAGCUCCCG